GGUGGAACAUUUUAUUACCGGUAGGAAUGCUGUGCGUGUGUGCGUGCGCGCAUGCGGACGGAUGCGGUUAGUCAGCGUGUGCGGCCGCUGAGGGGCGCCCUGCUCUCAGUUCCCACGGCGUGCUGCUCGGUGAGGUGUCCCUGCAGACGCGCUGAGCUGCAGAAGCACCGUGGACGAGUGUCGGGGAGCCGCUCAAAGGAACGCUCCGUGUGUGUUCUUCAUCCGUGUGUCCGCGAUCAUGGCAACCAUGCUGAGGUACCCCGUGUUUCCCUUCCUGCAAGAUCCGUUCCUGGAGCAGGGCGACCUCACGGAGGGACAGCCCAGGGUGCGCAGCAUCAUGGCAGAGCCGGACUACAUCAACGAGGAUUGCGAUGAGCUCAUCAAGCCCAAAAAGCUAGUAAACCCAGUGAAGACAUCUCGUAACCACCAGGAUCUCCACAGGGAGCUCUUAAUGAACCAGAGAAGGGGCCUGGCACCCCAGAACAAGCCCGAGCUACAGAAGGUGCUGGAGAAGAGGAAACGGGACCAGGUCCUUCGGCAGCAGAUGGAGGAGCAGGAGGCCCACAAGAAGCACUCGGACCUGGAGAUCGAGCUGAUGAAGCGCCAGCAGAAACUGGAGCAGCUUGAGCUGCAACAGCAGAAGGAUGAAGAGGAGCAGGAGAACACACCCGAGUUUGUAAAGAUGAAAAGCAACCUGAGGCGCACGAAGCAGGAGGCCGAGCUCCAGGGGGCCAGUCAGUAGGAGACAAGGGCUGUGUGCGCAGCGCACGUCACUGACGUUGAUGGGAUAUCACCGUGUUCCUCACCACGUGUACCCAUGAGCAGCCAAGCUAGAGACUCUCUAGGCGCAUGUUCUCCCGGCAGCUUGGGGGGACUCUCAGUAUUUCUGUCCCACCUUGCUAUCCAAGCAAGCACUGAACCAGCUGUCAGUGGAAAAAUCGUCUCAACAAAAGGAAGGGGGUCCUUCCCUCCAAAAAAAAAAAAAAG